CUUCUCUUGAGCCCUAGUGUUCCCAAACUUUUCACGCCAUUGAUGUAGACAUUAAGAGUUAGUAAGUAAGGCCCUCAGCCCCUCUUUGUCAUUAUGCGAUUACAGUGCUUUCUUCUCCCUGUGAUUCUAACUACAUUCUACAAGAUAAUUCUUCCCAGCUAUGAAAUAAUUACUCUUGUACCAAUUAUCAGUUCCAAUAUUUACGAUUUCUCCUGGCUUAGUCAAGGUAUGAUCAAGAAACACCAACUAGGCCACAAUGGUGACACUGAGCCACGAGGCCAAGCAGAAGCUGCAGCAGCUCCUUGAGGGUGGCCAGUUUGCCAUCUGCGGGGGCUUUCUUCCUCUCGUGAUUUACCUGGGAUUCAAGGGUGGGGUUGCAGAUCCUGGAAUGCCUGGACCAACUGUUUUGAGCUAACGGGAAUAAAGGUUAUCUGGAUUUGGAAGCAAUCAAUGGACAGGAACAACAUGGAAGGUGUGCACUCUGGCUGGGAUAGAGAUGGGACAUCGCGCAAAUGUUCACCAGUUGAAUGGCACAGGGCUCCUCUCAGAUGAAUCUGUGGCAGAAUGGGACCUCAACUGACUUAUUUAUCAUAGACUAUAUCAAAAUACA